GUGAAAAUGGUUUUCAUCAUUGAUGUUCUUAAUUGUUUUUAAAGCACAGAGGAAAACUUUCUGUCAGCAGCUGGUGUUUUGCUCUUUUCACUGAAUUUGCUGACAAUUAGAAAAAAUACAGAAUAUCACCUCACAUCCUUGAAGUGUUCCUGUUUUGCAUAUUUGGCUUCCAUCCCUGCAGUUGAGCAGCUUCCUCUCCGACAUGUCCAGCAUCCGAGGCGUGGCCAACAGGAGGGGCAUCGCGGUGUGCAGCGUGGCACCCAAUCUCCCCUUGGCAUCGGCGUGCCACUCCGAGCUCAGUCCGGCCCACAAAGUGUCCUGGGAGGGCGAGGGCGAAACGAGGGGCGAAGGGCCGGAGAGGGUGAGAGAUGAGAGAGAGGAGGAAUGGGGGCAGAGGGCUUUUGAGCUGGAGAGAACACAGAGAGAUAACAGUCCACAGGACGUGUCGGAGCUGGUGGACGACAUGGCCUGUCUCUCAGACUCCACCUCUGAUGAACACUCCCUGAGUUCCUACACCUCCGAGUCAUUCGAUGACAACGCUUCCAUCGUGACAGUCAUACGUCUAGUGAAUGACGCCGUUGAUGAUAUUGAAAGUGAAGUGUCAAACAUGGACAAAGAACAGCAGCGGAACAGCCCUGGGUAUCUCUGGGAGUCCUCCAGCCAGAGUUCCAGCUGGUUGUCGCCAUCACGCCUGCGUCCACCAGAGCUGGGAUCCCACUGUGACCUCAGUGAAACCCAGCAGAACAUCAGACGGGGGGGCAGCACGCGCUCCCUCCAGCUGGACUAUAGAGUCGUGGGCUUCAGCGGUGACAGGGGCCGAGAGCAGGGACGGGAGAGCGGGAGGAGGACCUUCCAGUGGGAGAGGAAUCAGUCGGGUGAGUGGGAGAGGAAACGCAUCCUGGAGAGAGAUGAAAAGAGGAGGCAGGACGCGGAAGGAACGAACACGGGCAUCAGGAGCAGAGACAUGGGAGGGCACCGUGACCACAGAGACCUGCAGCAGUUGCACGGCCUCGACAGCUGCGAAGGCGGCUCCUCGCCCGUUUAUGAAGAGUACCAAGAGUGCAGCCACGACCCAGAGCAGAGGGAAGAAUCAGAGAGCCUUUAUGACACUCUACCCCCGACCAGACGGGCCUAUGAAGGAUACCCAUCGAGCCCCCCGGGCCUCAAUCUGCACCCGGCUCAACUUCUGCCCCCCCUGAGGGCGUGGGAUUUACAGACAGGGGAGUGGAGAGAAUCGCAGGAGGAGAAUCGUGCAGGGCUCGACGCCGGCGGUCUGGCAGGUUCUGGGGACGAGCUGGAGAGACUACUGAACCUGGUGUCGCUCAGAGCCAGGAGAGCCACGCGAACAAACAGAGCGUCAACCGGAUCUGAACCCACAGCAAGCUGGGAUGGAUUCAAAUAAGCACACUAGUACUGUCAAAAACAAAAAGAUUUAAUAUUCCUUUAUAUAUUCCAGUGGCAGCAACCCCCAGUUCUGACUAAAGCUGACAUUUAUAACACUACACCAAUGAUCUGCCACCUAAAAAUAAUUAAAAGAGAAUAUUACCAUAUAUACUUUUAUUAUCCCACAUUAUUAUCCUGCUGUAAGCAAACGCUAAUCCACCACCAAUCCCCCCGGCUCUUCUCUAAACUGGAGGAAAAAAGGGGGAAUAUGUGCAUUCUCAGAACACCUUCACCUGCGCUAUGAGAGUUAGACAUUGGCUGGGAAUCAAUGCCAUUGCAUUUAUUAUUUAUAGAACCACUGGUGCGCAGCAUUUAUUAACAGUGUGUUUGUGUUGUAGAUGAUACCAGUGUUGUGUACAUAUGUUACUGUGCAUUUCACACAUUGUUCUGCUGGAUCACACACACACACACAUACUCGUGCAACCAAACAAGUGAAUGGUGUAGUUAUUAAAUAAAUAAGUAUAUGAUAAUAAAAUGAUUAAAUCAAGACCCCCUGGUAUCAGCUUGUGGUAAUCCUAAUAACAUCUGUGAGGUUAU